CAUCCCACCACCUCACCCUCAUCGUUGCUCGUUUUCCCAAGCACAUCUCCUUCCUUCCCUUUCCCUUCAAUGGCGUACCCUCUCGAGCUGGACAUCACGUUCUCCUCCGCCAAGGACCUCAAGAACGUCAAUUGGCGCAACGGCGAUCUCAAACCCUACGUGGUCGCCUGGAUCGACCCGUCGUCGAAGCUGACCACGAGGGCGGACGAGGAGGGCGACACCUCUCCCGCCUGGAACGAGAAGCUGACCAUCCCCCUCCGCGGCGCCCCUCUCGACGACGCCGUUCUCCACAUCGACGUCGUCCACGCCGGCUCCUCCGGCGACACCAAGCCGCUCGUCGGAUCCGCUAAGCUUCCCCUCAAGGACAUCGUCGACGAGGUCGGCUUCAGCGAGCCGUACGAGACGACGCUCAAGCUCAAGCGCCCGUCCGGCCGGCCCCAGGGCAAACUCAUCGUCCGCGCCACCGUCCGCGAGAUGCGCUAUCCUGCACCGGGUGCAUACGCGCCGCCUUAUGGCCAAGCCACCAGGGAUUACCAGCCGCCUGCUGGUUACCCAUACGCGGCUCCCUACGGAGCGCCACCGGCUCCCUACGGCGCGCCGCCGGCUCCCUACGGCGCGCCUCCGGCUCCCUACGGAUAUCCCUGUGCGUAUGGAAGCGGAUACGGUGCCGCCCCACCGCAGCCGCAGUAUUACGGCGGAGGAUACGAUUCGGGGUAUGGGAGUGCGCCGACGGCUUCGGCGCCUUCAAAGGGAAGCAAGUACGGGGUAGGAACGGGGCUGGCGGUGGGCGCGGUGGCGGGCGUAUUGGGUGGGCUGGCAUUGGCCGAGGGUGUCGACUACGUGGAGGACAAGAUCGCCGAGGAGGCUGCUGAGAAAGUGGAGGGCGACUUGGGCUAUGGUGAUGAUUUUUAAUUACUUGGUCUCUAACUAAAUAGGAGUCGAAAAUGGGAACGAUCAAUGUGCUUUCUGAUUUCUUUUCCCUUUCUUUUCUUGCCUUUUGUUCUGCUUAAUCGCUUAUGCGAUCAUGAUGAGGAAAAAGAACAUGGCAAUAGAUAAGUUUGAAAUGUGGCUCAUGAUUUGA